AUUGUCGGCGAUGGUGACACGCGAUGAGUCGAGACCUGUCAAACUGGACGCCAUUGAUUUCAUUCUACCCGCGCUUGAAAACAAUUCUCUUGUCUUUCUAAAUCGGUGAAAACAAGAGGUCGUGAUUCUACCGAGCGCCAUUUGCAGUCUAAAGUCGAGUACAUGAUAGUUUCGAAGUUGAGAAUAUUAGGAUGGAUUCGGGGCGUGACAUUGUAGAGGAGGACCCAGAGGCCGAAACAAAAGAAGAGGAACCCCGGCGAGCCGUAUCAGCCGAAGGUGCUGGGAGACAUAAUAUCAUAGAAGUACACCCCGAUGCGGACACGAAAGAAGAGGAACCCCGGCGAGCCGCAUCAAUUGAAGAUGCGGGGAGACAUAAUAUCAUAGAAGUAGACCACGAUGCCGACACGAAAGUUAAUGUAGAUGUAGCGAAUACGGCUAAUGCGGGAUGUGACAACGAAAAAAGGGCAAAACCGCGAAAUGAUUUUUCUUCGAGAGAUGUCUCGGUUAAGUUAGGUGUUCCCAGCAGUGGAUUAGAAAAGGACAAUUCCGUGGCGGAUAGUGGUAUUGUCGUCGAAGAGAAUCCGGAGGCUGAAACACAAGUUCAACUGGGUGGCGGGACGGACGAGAACAAGGUGGUUUUCAGCUACUCGCCUCUCACGCCAAAACGAUUGAAAGAAUUCUACCCGAAGGAUAAAGUGAUAGGUGACGGGGUAAUGGUGUUUGGCAGACUUGCACCUUCAGGGGGUGUCCAGGUAAAACUUAAUGACGCGACGAUUUCACAAAGACAAUUUUCAUUGACACUUGUCCACAAAUCGGACCAGUGGUACUUCGUUUUUAAAAACCUGAGCAGGCUUAAGAAGGUUUUCCUAAAUGAAGAAACUUUGGGACUGGAUGAAAGCAGACGACUUCCCCAGGUAUCACGAUUGCGUAUUCGUGAUCUUGAUUCUAAGUACGGUGAAGGGCAAAGCAUGGACUUUUUGUUGUGCGUGGAGACGUCAAAUAGAUGGAGUAGUUACAUAUUCGAGGUAACAUUUAAAGCUGACUCGAACUUAGACUUCGCAAUGAAUACACCAGGUUCACAGCUGAAUGCGCCCUUGCAGUGUUCCCUCUCACGCAAUGUGUCACAAGAGGCACCCAGAAGUUGUCUUGGUGAUGAUGCCUUCCAACAAUAAGCAUUGUCUCUCUGUCAUGAAGUGGUAAUGUAAAGUUUAUCAGAUCCGUCGCGACUGUCUUGCUUUGAUGAUAUCUCUCAUAAGGUUCCAUCAGCUCAGUGGAGAGUCGCGACGGCGCCUUGCUGAGUUUAUUGUAGAGAACGACGUGUCGUAGGAGUGUUAAAGUGUCGUUCAUUUGCUUCGCAAUCCAAAGAUUUAAUCCAGAGUCUCACAAGACGCAUUAGAAGAACUGUUGAGGUGAUUCACUCUAUGAAUGUAUCAAAAUUGUUUAAGGAUAUGCUUUUGCUCUCUGUUAAAACAUGUAAAAAUGGAAUAAAUUUUAUGCCACUUUCUGUGUCGGAGUAAUUUCUUUUACACCAUGUGUAUCGAUCUCACGAGAGUUCUUCAACAAAAGUGUCAUGGAGCUCUUGAUAAUCUUCUUGAUCAUACUCAACACCGAUGUCCGAAAGUGACGUUCGUGACGGGCAAAUUAUUUCUGCUUGCUUUUCCGGAAAUCGAAUGCGGUCGGUUCCGAUAGUCAGUAUUAAUAGGUUAUCAAUAUCACCAUCAGGGUCAAUUAUGUCUGCAUGUUCUACCGCUAUCAGACAUGCACCGAGUUCAUUCGUCAUGAAUCAUUUGUCCACUUCAAAUAUGCAUGUAUAACUGCAACACGAGCACAUGAUCAGUCCCACUGCCCCGGUCUGUCCAGCAAGUCUCAACUUGUGCCAAGCCUACAUUCAAGACGGCCGUCUUUAUGACACUGGCUUGACGACAUUCCCGGGACAAUACGUUUUCCGGGCUGCUGGCUCAAAACACCAUCCGCUCGGGCGGAGACCGUUCCCGUCCACGAAUUGAAAUGAAAGGAGCUGGGGUGCAACUGAAGAAUUCCUCCUCGCAACACAAGACAUUGAAGGAAUGGUUCAGCGCGCUGUCGCCGAAACUCCAGCAGUUAGUUCGCGAGGCUGAGGACCAAUCUUGGCCAUUCGUCUUCGAGGAGUGGCAGUUCGAGCCGGACAACAAGAAGGAGAUCGUCAACAUCAAUGAUCUCAUCCAGUCCAAGAAUUCAGUCUAUCCUGAUAUGACAGAGGAGGAUGUUCUGAAGGAAUGUCUUGAACAUGCCUAUUCAGAGAAGGCCUUCGAGACGGCCGCGUCAGUCGCCCUCCUGCUUGAUCGGUUGAUGUAUUUGCAUGGUAACUCCAAAUACAUCCUCGACAAGGUGGACGACAUCAAACAGCAGGCGCCCACCACGGCCAUCGCGCCACAGGUCUACCUAAGGAAGGCAAGGUUCCUCAAAGAUGGGGGCUCUCUCCAAGAUGCCGACAAGACGCUCGAUUUCAUUCUCUCAGAGAAGGGACAUAAAGAGCAAUGGCGCUAUAAGGAGGAGAGCCAGUACAACAUUGUUCACGCAACAUGCGUCCAGGUGAAAGGAGUCAUCAGACAUAAUCUCGGUCUUUGGUUGGAAGCUGCAGACCUUAUCCUCGAGUCUAUCCGGAGAUACAACAGCCUACCCAAGCCCGACCAAAAAGAAAUAAGCUCCUCGUUGGGCAUCCUCUCAGAUGUCCUAAGAAACAUCUCUCAUUCAGAGUUCAAGCAGAUGCUGCUGAAGUAUGCGUGCCGCUAUAACCAUCCCCUUGAAGAGGCCUAUGCUGCGAACAGACAGGCUGCCUGGCUGACUAGAUUCGACCCAUUUUUCUUCGCGAGGCAUGCGCGAAGGGCUGGCGAGGUGUUGCUCAUGUUCGUGAUCACACUGCCUCAGGAAGACCGGCUUAAGCAGAUCACUCAGGCUCUCAACGACCUCAAGAUGAGCCUCAAGGGACACCUAUCAUUGAAUAAACUCACGAGUCGAGAGCAGCUGAAUGAAUUCACAUGCGCUGUGUACCAAUGUUUCAUAGCCUACCGUCUGAUGGCUACCCCAGGAGCAAUCUCGAAAGCUAUUGAGAUCGAAAAGAACUGCAUGGUCAUUUAUGAUCAUCACUGCGCCGCUACUGACGCUGUUCCUCUCGAGGAGAACUUUGUCAAAGCAAUCCAUAAAGUCCAUGACUUGCUGGAACUACCGCGAAAAACUGUCAGUGCUCCUGAAACUAAUGAGUUUCUCAACCUACCAGCUUAUGAAUACCGGUACCCGACUCUCCGAGAAUCUGUGGCAUCGACCCCUAACCACAUAGGCACUCAGGUGGUGUCCCAUCCUGAGGACACAGCCAACAGUCGAGCGCCAUUGUCCCGUUUCCGCACCCGGGUUACGAGACAUGCUACUGGUGCUGCCACUCCAAGGAAAGACAAUCAAAACGAAAGGGCCAUGGAAGAAUCUGCAACGACACGUGUUCGUUCAAUCUCUUGGAGCCUGGCACCUACACUUACGGAACCAGAGGCUGACACCAAGCCAUCCAAACGACAACCAGCGGCUGCUACUCCUAUGGUGACCGAGCACAACCGCUCGGGUACUCGAGCUCGACUCACCCGUUCCAAUACAAGAGCUAACAGACAUGCUAUUGGCUCCACUGCAGGGAAUGGUGAACAAGAAGGAGACACUUCAGUCGCUGAUCUCUCGGAAAAGACAACUUCCAUCUCAGUGAGUUUGUCAGUAGCACCUACUCUUAUGGACCCAGAGGCUGACACUCGACCAUCAGGACGACGGCAGCCAGAGACAGCAGACUCGUCAAGGUAUCGAGACACAGGGAUAGCAGUGAAAGUGGGAGAUAGAGAAGGUCAGUUUCAGCAGAUGACCAAAUCUGGCGGAGGUCCGAAUGAAGAGAGCGGCACUCCUGCGGUAGUUCGCCCGCCUGUCGCAUCGCAUUGCCUGGGGCUUCCGAGCGCCAAUAAUGUCGUAGAAACUGCUUCUUGGACUGGUAGUCUCGGAGGACAGUUUGAAUUGCCGCAUGAAGCUGCUACUCUUGCUGAUGAUUUUGGUGUUUAUGCUUCAUCUGAGGAUACAGGUUACAGUGGAUCAACGCAAGGCUUGAUGAAUCCAAAGACAGAGGAUGCGUCCAUCGCGAGUCACGAACAAGGGGUCGAAAUUGACGAGUACGUUGAGAGUGUCCAACCGAUGAACCUCGAAGACAAACCCACACAACUCCCGCAGACGUUCCUCGUGCCUGAUCCAGUGAGCCCAAUAAGCUCAUUCGUAGACUGCACCCUCUCUGCAUUGCCUGGACAGACAAUGAAUCCUUCCGCUAAUAUCGAGAUGACUGAUUCCCGCCAAGGUCACGCCUUAAAGACAGGCGAGAUACCGUUGGGUGUUCAUCGUGCCCGGGUGUUUAAAUUCGACGCUGCCCACAAUACAUGGACUUGCUCGACGACCCUGGUCUACGUCGAUGACAAGCUGGACGUUCGUCCAAAGGGAGCCAUGCGUGACGUCAUCAAACUUCAGUAUCUUAAUCAGGAUGAACCAAAAGCAAGAUACGUUGGCAAGAGAUACCGAGAUGCCAGGCGGAAGAAGCUGCAUUUGUACUACCAGGAUGUCGUCUGCCAGAUGACAGCGCGCCAUUUCGUGGCCCUGUUCAACCAGGCGCUCAAGGACGACAAUCAGGCCUGGAAGAUCCAGUUUGUUCCUGCAGCGCACAUCCAACUUUUGUCGGAUGACCACAAGGACAUAGUUUAUUUGUUAAAUGUUGAGCCGUUCGUGGAGGGGUCAGAUUUUGUCAAAGUGACCAACAACUCCAAGUAUGUCAACCCAGAUUUAACUAAGGAACUUGUGGACGUGUCCCUAGCCUUUAUGCACUUUACAUGGGAGCAGUCCGAAGGCAGGAUACUGGUGACAGACCUUCAGGGUUGGUUGCCCCGGGACCAAAAAGGCACCAUCAUUUUCACAGACCCUGCCAUUAAUUCAGAACCUCUGAAGACCGUAUUUGUUACUGGUAACCGUGGUAAAGAGGGUGUUGACGACUUUUGGAGUGAGCAACAUCCGACAUGUAACGAUAUAUGCUACUCGCUAGGAAUAAAGAGACCUCAAUUUGCCUCUUAAUUCUUACACUCCAGAGGCAGUGGACGGGCCUCGUCCCUCAUCCUAAGGAUAUCCAAUUAGGAUAAUGCAAUGGACUGUCCUGGGAGAGUCUACUGAAUUCCUAGCUGAACAAAACGCUAUUUUACCAGAAAUGUAAUAUAUCUAUUUAGUGAAGGGUGUGUGAUUCAUGAAUUCAUAACACUUUAAGAAUUGAAACACUCUGAAGAGUCUAUACACCUUGGAACUGCCAACUUUGGUAAAGGUGGCUGGGGCGUUUUUUUGCGCGGUCACUGACUUGUAAGCUCAGUCCGUGACGCGAUUGACAUCGAAAUGCAAUAUCUAUCACGUCCUGUCAGUCAACAUGACAUCAAUCGAUAGGACUGGAAGGCAGAGGGUAUGGUUUGGAUAUAAAUUUAUUGCUGGGAAUUUUGAAGACCUCUAUUUCGGCUUGGGUUCUGAGUUUACAUGCUACUGCAAGUCUUCAAAAUACUAUUAAAUUGAAGAAUAUUUCAAGCCAGCAUUUGACCUUGAGCAUUUGUAAGGUUAAAAUAAGCAACGUUUGUAUUUCUGUCCAUAACAAUAUCUGAGUUAAAACUUUCCAGAAUACAUGUAAAUAAAGUUCAGGCAUGCAAGCGUAAUGUUACUAUUUGUUCUUAGCAGAUUAGUGGCUCGUGACUGUGCUAAUUUCUAAACAUUGUGUUUGUUUGAAGUGUUAACAAACAAUGAAAGGGAAAUAUUCUGGGAGUGCUGAAACUGCCGGGGAAUGGAUUUCCUCAAACAUGCACAAAUCAUGUAUGGUGGUAUUCUUGUUGUCAGUUAUUACACAAGAUGAAGUGUUCUUAUGUAAUUGUCGCAUGGUUUUGACUUCGAUGAAAAAGGACAAGCACUUUUGUGCAAACCGUUCCAGACUUUGUAGCUUGAACUGCAGACUAAUUUUUUUCGUGAGGGACUGGUAGCUUAUCCUGUGUAGCAGGGCUUUCCAACUACUACAAGCAGUCUGUAAGGGGCACCAGGCUGAUCCUGGGGGUACAAAGAAACUGCCAGGGGUGCAAGACUGCUGGUCCAAGUUGCACUUAACCACCGUGCACCUGGCUAAUGAGUAUGACGGGUCUAUUUUGGCCUUAAAGUCUCCCUUUGUAUAGUACCCCCAGGUAUAUGGCACGGCUUAACCCGCCGGCC